AUGUCUUACCAGCCGCUCGCAUCAGACGACCCCGAGGAGCAGAUGAAGACCUACGGGUCCAUAGACACGACGCCUGCUUCGAGCCCCACGGCUCUGCUUGGCGAAAGCUUCCUCGUCGAGGAUGCGGCAACCGACGCUGAUAAUCCGUUUCUUGACGCUGAGACGGCAGAUUACUGGCGGCAGGUCUACGAUAAUUGCCAGUAUGAGUGUAGACACGCCUUCAACCCGAAGCUGACGUGGUCGGCCCAGGAAGAGAAGGAGUUGGUGCGGAAACUGGACUGGAAAGUCUGUCUGUGGGCGUGCGUGAUGUUCUUCGGCUUACAAGUAGACCGCGGCAACCUAUCACAGGCCGUCUCGGACAACAUGCUAGGUGAUCUUGGACUGGAUACCGACGACUACAAUUAUGGGAAUUCUAUCUUCUUAGUCUCAUUCCUUUUCGCCGAAUUACCUUCGCAGCUCAUCUCGAAAGCCGUGGGUCCAGAUCGUUGGAUUCCUAUGCAGAUGGUGCUUUGGUCGCUUGUCGCCAUCUCUCAGUGUGCCCUGACAGGCCGUCUGUCGUUCCUGGUUACGAGAAGUCUACUCGGCUUCCUCGAGGGCGGCUUUAUCCCCGACUUGGUGCUCUGGCUCUCGUACUUUUACACGUCGCGAGAGCUACCUAUACGGCUCAGUUACUUUUGGACGACCCUGUCGGUGACGGGUAUCGUCACGUCUUUGCUCGCGUUUGUGCUGCUGCACCUGAGAGGCUUCCUGGGGUGGGAGGGGUGGCGGUGGCUCUUUCUAGUCGAAGGAUCUAUCACCCUAGGCGUGGGCGUCGCGUCGUUCUUCAUGAUGCCCGCAUCGGCGGUGCAGACAAAGACCUGGUUCCGCCCGGAAGGUUGGUUCUCGGAGCGAGAGGAGUCGAUCGUCGUCAAUCGAGUACUUCGCGACGACCCUUCGAAGGGAGACAUGCAUAACCGCCAGGCACUAACCCCACGCCGGCUGUGGGAGGCGCUGAAGGACUACGAUUUGUGGCCGCUGUACGCGAUCGGCCUCUGCGCCUUCGUACCCCAAUCGCCACCGAAGACGUAUCUGACCCUCACCCUUCGGUCUCUCGGGUUCAGCACUUUUAGCACGAACCUCCUUACCAUCCCGGCAGAUCUAAUGCAUAUCGUCAACUUGCUUCUGCUUACCAGACUAUCAGAGUGGCUGAACGAACGAUCCUUGGUUGCCGUCAUCCAAUCUCUCUGGACUCUCCCGUGUAUCAUUGCUCUGAGAUUUUGGGGAGGCGUAUUUGAGGAUAAAUGGGGUACCUACGCCAUCAUUAUGACCUUACUAUCCUAUCCGUAUUGUCACGCAAUCUUAGUCGGGUGGUGCUCGAAAAAUUCCAACAACGUCGGUACGCGGACGGUGUCCGCCGCCUUGUAUAAUAUGAGCGUCCAGGCCGGGAACGUGUACGCCGCAUACAUCUACCGUGACGACGAUAAACCGCUGUAUCGCCGUGGGAACACGACGUUAAUCGCAAUCAACUUGGUUUCCAUUCUCGUGUUCUUGCUAACGAAGCUGUACUACGUGCGGAGGAACAAGCAGAAGGAGCAGAUAUGGAAUGCGCUGAGCGAGGAGCAGCAGGUCGAGUACCGGAAGAUGACCAAGCUGCAGGGCUCUAGGAGACUCGACUUCAGGUUUGCACACUGA